UCAACAUUAACUAACAACAUUGCUGUUUAUGUUUCUCUCUACUUUUACUUUCUUCUUCUAUGGAGCCUAUAGUUGGUAUAGAAGAUCAGAUCCCAUGAGCAUUUGAUGGAUUCCUUCAUUGAUUUCCCCAUCUAUUCAUCUCCCGAUAUUAUACAGCACAAUUAGAAGGAAAGCCUACCCCAAACACACAACAAUCUUCAAGAUUCAAGCAAAGCUCUUUGCUUUUCCCUUUUCUUUUUUUAUCAUCUUCCAUCUUCAACACAGAGUGGCAAUGAGCAAGCAAACGACAGAUCCAAACCCGUAAAAUCCUCCUUGUCUUUCUAUCUUCAUAUGAAUGGAGUUGGACAGCAUUGAAUGCGUGCCCCAAUCCUUGGACGGGAUGGAUCAGGACGACAUCCAUCGUCGUCUUCUUCAACCUCAGUUCUCGUCUUCCAAGCCUCAGGGAAACGUCGUUUCUCGUGCCGUUCAUCAGACUGCAAACACUCCAAUACACGAGCUUCUCGAAUGCCCAGUUUGUGCCAAUUCAAUGUACCCUCCAAUACACCAGUGCCACAACGGGCACACUCUCUGUUCCACCUGUAAAGCAAGGGUAUACAACCGCUGUCCCACCUGCAGACAGGAGCUCGGUGAUAUAAGGUGUCUAGCGCUAGAAAAGGUAGCUGAAUCACUUGAACUGCCUUGCAAAUAUUGUUCUCUCGGCUGCCUUGAGAUAUUCCCCUACUACAGCAAGCUUAAACAUGAGGCUAUAUGCAACUUUAGACCAUACAACUGCCCCUAUGCUGGAUCAGAGUGCACUGUUGCAGGGGAUAUUCCAUACCUAGUUUCCCAUCUUCGAGAUGAACAUAAAGUGGACAUGCACUCUGGAUGCACAUUUAACCAUCGCUAUGUCAAGUCCAAUCCACGCGAAGUAGAGAAUGCCACAUGGAUGCUAACUGUCUUCAAUUGUUUUGGCCAGUACUUCUGUCUCCAUUUCGAAGCUUUUCAGCUUGGAAUGGCUCCUGUCUAUAUGGCAUUCCUGCGAUUCAUGGGCGACGAAAUAGAGGCCCGAAGCUAUGGUUACAGCCUGGAGGUUGGGGGACAUGGCCGAAAACUCAUUUGGGAGGGCACCCCACGGAGCAUAAGGGACAGCCACAGGAAAGUAAGGGACAGCCAUGAUGGUCUAAUUAUACACCGAAACAUCGCACUUUUCUUCUCUGGAGGGGACAGGAAAGAACUCAAGCUGCGAGUAACAGGUCGAAUAUGGAAAGAGCAGCAGGCCACAGAUGGUGGAGCUUUCAUACCUAACAUCUGUAGCUAA